AUGGCUCCAAAAGCAGAAAAGAAACCAGCCUCCAAGGCCCCAGCCGAAAAGAAGCCAGCCGGAAAGAAAACCGCUGCCUCCUCCGAUGCUAAGAAGAGAACCAAGGCCAGAAAGGAGACCUACUCCUCCUACAUCUACAAGGUUUUGAAGCAGACCCACCCAGACACUGGUAUUUCCCAGAAGGCUAUGUCCAUCAUGAACUCAUUCGUGAACGACAUCUUCGAGAGAAUCGCUUCCGAGGCUUCCAAGCUUGCUGCUUACAACAAAAAGUCCACUAUUUCCGCCAGAGAGAUCCAGACUGCCGUGAGACUGAUCUUGCCUGGAGAAUUGGCCAAGCACGCUGUUUCUGAGGGUACCAGAGCUGUCACUAAGUACACUUCUGCCACCUCUGCUUAG